AUGCCGGUUCCCGAAGAGAAGGAAUUCGUGAUGAGACACUGUUUCAGUAAGUGGUAUACUGACGAAUUCGGACCGAAGGAGAUUCGUUAUAAUAUUCCUUGGAGUAUGCAAUUAUACUGCAAGAGACAUUGCCUAGAGGCCUACCUGUUCUGUUGGAAAGAAGAUUCUGGAUGGUCGAUCGACGCCGACUAUGAAGUGAAAUUCGUGGGAAAAAGAAAGAGUUUCGGAGUGAAAGGAACUGUUCGAUUCGAUGGAUAUGAAUCAUUUGCGAAUCACAUGCUCCCAUUUGCGAAGGCGAAUUCGCAUUUGGUGAAUGACAAGUUGAAAGUCGAAUGGCGUAUUAAAAUUAACAAAAUGACUGGAUUCGAUGACGAGGAUUCUUCUGGAAAUAAGGAGAAUGAUGAUAUCGUUCUGAAAGUGAAAGGAGAGAAGUUCGAAGUGGAUAAGAAGUUUCUUGGCGAAAACUCUACCUAUUUCAACAAUUUAUUCUUCAAAAGUUCCGAUGAAUCUGGAAAAACUGAAAUCGAACUCGAAGACGUCGAUCCACAAGAAUUCAAAAAGUUUCUCAAGGUUCUCCGCGAAGAGGAGCCUAUCGAUGAUGAAACGGUCGAAGAAAUUCUGAAGUUGGCAGACAAAUACGACUCUAAAAAUGCAUUGAAAAGAUGCGAGGAAUUCCUCAUCGAUAAAUCCAAGAAGCCGCUGAAAAUGAAAUUCAAUGCAGCGAUCCAAUACAAGCUGAAUAAACUCAAGAAGAAAUGCAUGUCAAACAUGGAAUCCAAAGAAGAUAUUCAAGAGAUCGCUGAAGAAGACGCUCGUCAUUUCAAUGCUUCGGUUUGGAAGGAGCUGCUUCAGAAGGCUCUUUCUUUGGAUUAA